AUGGCGGUCGGAGGAUGGAGGGGCGACGGUGGCCUUGUGCUGCGGCCUCCCCUACCUCCCGGCGGCGGCACACCGGUGGCGGCUGGUGGUGGGAUGCGCCAUCCCCUCCGCUUCUCGCCGGUGCGAGGGGGUGACCUUGGGAUCCUCUCGCGGUACGAGGAUGCCCGGGGCAUCAACCUCGGGUUCGAAGGUAUGGCGCCCCAUGUUCAGGACUAUGCAUCUCAGGUGGGCGGUGACGAUGAGUCCGAUUGGUUGCAUAGAAAUGAAGCAUACCAGCUGCAACCAAAACCAGGAGGAGAAAUACAUGUUAACGCCCAGUCCAAUAUUGAAGUGUCAGACCUAACAAACAAUCGCGUAUGCCCAAGCCAAGGCCGCCCAAAACGCACUAACAUGUCAUGGUAUGCUCGAAUGUCUGAAGAAAAUAAAGCUGAGUAUCUACAGAGACAGCGUAUAGCCCACCAACAAAAGAUAGAUGCGGCAAGGAGUGGACUCGACGGGUCUCAACCACCAGCUACUUAUAUACCGAGUUCACCGCAUACCCCAAUGAGCAACGUGACACAAACGCCAUGCUGCGAGUCAGCUAUGGGGCAUGUGUCCACAUCUGCAAAUUUUCAUGGGCAAGAGAGUUUUGUAGCAAAAAGUGCAGAUCCUGAUAAGAGACGGCAUCAACGCAGGGAAAAAUACUCGCUCAUGACGGAUGAACAGAGGGAAGAAUAUUUGCGCAAUAACCGCAAGUAUAAGCAUUGCAGAAGGGAAAGCGGGACACUGUUUGACCACAACGAUACUAUACAUGUCAAAAAUAGCUCCGCAUCUAGCCCACGAACCAAUGCUGCCAUGCACGCACAAUCAUCUGAGCCAGAUCCAGGUGAGACAAACAUUACCGAUGAAUCUGAUCCUCCGGGGAUUUUUGAACCAGUUGAACAAGAUGCUAGGUUCGAAGAAAACACGGAAACCAUGCAAGAGGAAGAAACAGUGCUUGAUGAUGAUGAAGAGUGCAGGAUUUUUACUGGUCUAGGUGAUGUAUUUGAUUCAUACCGAUUGACAACUGAUGUGCCUCAGAGUGAACAGAAUGAUGAUCCUUAUGACUUCGUGUACCACAAUCUGCCAAAGAAGCAUCAUGUUUUGAAAACAGAUACCGGAUCGCAUCCAUUGUGGAGCAAUGAAGCUACAAUAUGA